AUGGUGAUCUGUCAUCAGUUGUCAUCGUUAUCCACCUGUCAAACAUCGUUUAUUAUAUUUUUUAUUGUUAUCUUUCUGAUAGGAAAAUUAAUUAAGUUUCUAAUUAUUUAUAUUAUAUUCAAAUGUUGUGUGUGUAAAAUACUUUAAAGAAAUUAAGGAAAAAUGGAAGUAAAACCGAAGAGCGAUCAUCUUUUAGCGCUAAAAGUUAUGCGAUUAACGAGGCCAACUCUUGCCAGUCCAAUUGUUGUCACAUGUGAUGCCACAGAUUUACCAGGCAAUACAUUAAACAAUGAAUUAAAAAAUAAUUGCACAACUCUUCAAGGAAUGGAAACCUUGGCCAUUGGUCAAUUUAUGGUUUUUCCUCAAAGUUUUGGAAAUAUUUAUUUAGGAGAAAUAUUUUCAUGUUAUUUGUGCGUACAUAAUGGAAGCAGUCAAUUAGUAACGAAUAUCACAGUAAAAGCGGAUCUUCAAACUAGUACUCAAAUUAUUCCAUUAUCAAAUCAUAAAGAAGAAAUUAAAGAACUACCACCAAAUAGAACAAUUGACGAAGUUAUUCAUCAUGAAGUUAAAGAAAUUGGUACACAUAUACUCGUGUGUGAAGUAACUUAUACACUAGCAAAUGCAAUUGGUCAAUCGCAAUCGUUUAGAAAAUUUUUCAAAUUUCAAGUCGUGAAACCUCUUGAUGUGAAAACGAAAUUUUUCAAUGCUGAGUCCGAUGAAAUUUAUCUUGAGGCGCAAAUUCAAAAUUUAACGGCUGGACCGAUUUGUUUAGAAAAAGUUUCUCUUGAAUCUUCACAUUUAUUUACUGUCUCAUCACAGACGACAAACGAAGAAAACGAAUCGAUAUUUGGUAAAGUUAAUUUAUUGGAUUCGAAAUCAAGUCGUCAGUAUCUUUAUUGUUUAAAACCACAACCGAGUUUAUUAAAAGAUCCAAAAAUGAUGCAUAAUGCGACAAAUAUUGGAAAAUUGGAUAUUGUUUGGAGAAGUAAUUUAGGAGAAAGAGGUCGUCUUCAAACUAGUCAAUUGUCGCGAAUGGCUCCCGAUUACGGCGAUUUGAGAGUAACUCUAAAAGACAUUCCUAAUGAUAAUCAACUCGAGGAACCAAUUAAUUUUAAAUGUCAUGUCGUUAAUACUUCUGAAAGAAAUAUGGAUUUACAAAUAAAUUUACAAUCCAAUAGUUCGAUAGCUUGGUGUGGAAUUUCCGAUAAAAUGAUUGGUACCGUCAAACCUGGAGAAUCAACUUACAUUCCCUUGUGCUUAGUUCCUUUAAAUGUGGGACUUAUUAAUAUAUCGGGACUACAAUUAGUUGAUACAUUUUUAAAACGUGUUUACGAUUACGAUGAUGUAGCACAAAUUUUUGUAAAUCAAACACCAGCGAAUAAUAAUGACGACGAGUAAGUAUUAGUAUAAAUGUGAAGAAAUUUAUUGUAAAUAGAUAAAAAAAAUUAUAAAUGUUUUAAUUUUUAAAUAUAAGAAUCAAGAGAUGAAACUCGUUCGGUUUCUGUCUGAGCUCCCACAGCACAAGCCAAAAGUGUUUGUAUAUCUUGCGGUUCAUUACCACCAAAUAUAUAGCCAUUGGCUUUAUCAAUUUCA